AUCGGAGCUGGAUCCAUCGCGCUCGUCGUCCGUUGGGAAUCGGUCGACGGCGCCUGUUUCUUCUUUGCCUCGAUCGUCGCAUCGCGCCGCGGGCCACGCGUUUAUCAAGCGAGAGGAUCAGGAUCAGGAGCUGACUGCGUCGUUGAGCAGAGUCUUUAGGCCGCAGUCCUUCGCGCUGCCGCCCCACACCAACAACUCUUCCCCCACCACUGCAGCCAUAGCGUCCUCGUACACCCGCUCUUCCAACAGCAACACGCAAAAUGUUCUCCGUAGUACUGCUCUGAAUCAGUCUCCCGGUCUCCCCUCGUCAACGGUUACAACCAACGGAAACAAUGCACCCUCGGAUUUCAUCUCCGGCCCCGUCGCCUCAUAUGCAAACCUAGCCCCCGACACUGAUCGUCUGCGGACGUCACACCAGUCGGUCGAUAACACAACCGCCCAGGCUUUGGCCGCGCAACAUGCUCUGCCGAUGACCCUUCCACCGGCCCCUCGUCCCACUUCCCAGCGCCCGCCUUCUGCGCCGCGCGCGACUCCGGACCUCCAUCAGAUGCAGCAGAACUAUCUAAGGAUGCUCUCGCAGCCUGAUAAUACCCCCACUGGCACCGAGUCGAUGUCGUCUGCUACUAUGGCGCACGACAACGACGUCUACCAGGCUCCCAUGCCGUCGGCUCCGUAUAGCCUGGAUGGUUGGGAGCCUCUGAUAGAUUCCGCCCACGCCACUCUGACGACGCCCAUGUCAGAGUACCACCCCACUCCGAUGAGUGAGAUGUUCGACGAGUUCCCGCAACUCGGCGCCUCUCCUGGCGAAGACACUCCCUACAACGAUUUCCUCAACACCCCUGUUAUUCCCGACGGCCAUGACUUUGGUGUCAGCUUCGAUCCGAAUGCUCCGUUGUUCGGCGGCAUGGAGCCCUGGGCUCCUCAGUCGCCGACGACGCAGUCGAAGGAGCAGGAGCGCGAGGCGCUGGCGUACAUUGAGCAGCUGCUCUCGCCGCAGGCGCCGAUGACCGACUCCUUCGCCCCGGCCCCAAAGAUGUCCCCGUCCAUGUCCACUGCCCACCUCGCUACGCCCAACACGAGUCCUGCUAUGUUGGACUCGUCGUCGUUCGCGCCGCCGCUGUCGCGCCCAGCCCCGACGGGUACUCGUCCGGGCGUGACUCCCGACAAGCUCCUCGGCCCCGACGCGCCCACGCAGCCACGCAAGUACACCGCGCCGUCGUCGACCUCGCGCAAGGAGGCGCCCGCGGCGUUCACGCGCGGCUCCAAGCGCUCGCGGUCGGCCGCCUUCCAGGGCGACGACGACGAGGAGCUGCCGCCGCUGCCCGCGAACGCGACCGACGCCGAGCAGGUCGAGUACAAGCGCCGGCAGAACACGCUCGCGGCGCGCAAGUCGCGGCGGCGCAAGCUGGAGCACCAGCUCGUCACCGAGCGCAAGGCGGAGUACUUCAUGCGGCGCUCGAACCACUUCGAGACCGUCGCGCGCACGGUGAUCGCGAUGUGGCAGGAGCAGACGGGCCGCCCGUACGAGCUGCCGGCGUUCCCUGAGCCGGAGCCGUGAGCGCGCGGGGCGUAAAAUCCACGAAGGACGCGGUCUCUGUCUCCUUGAGCUCGGACGUCUAACGUUUCUCUGAUAUGUGUUGUAUCUUGACGCGCACCUUGUACUAUUACCUGAGUCUCCACCCCACCAUCUUUCCCCUACCAAUUGCUUUGGUGCGCCGUCCUUCUCUUCAUCCACCAUUCCAUCCCAUCCCCAGUCCGUGUCGUGUAUGUUCCUCAAGCGCUGUCGACCUCUAUGUAUGUGGCUUCGGUCGCUCUCUCAACUCUAUGCGUGUUUAUGCAUCCUCGACGACGAUACUCUACUUCUGUACGCAGUAUUGCAAUGUCUAUCGACCUCAUUCUCGCAA